AUGAACGCAAUUGCUAUUAUUCUUGCUUUGGCUUGCCUUUUCGCCUCAACCUUGGCUCAAAACAGAUACGGAUGGCCAAGCUCGUACGAACGAUACUUGGAGAGAGUGAGUUGCAAAUUAACUUGGAAAACCAUUUUAAAAUCAAUGAAAAUUUUCAGCAAGGAGUCUGGGAUUACAAUCGUCACGAGGCAAAGGCUAACUACAGAAACAGAAAGAGCUACGAAAGAGAUUUGCGUGAUUUGUAUGAGGACUGGAAAAGACAAACCAGAUGGGGAAAGCCAGACUACAGAUCUAACAGAUUCGGACAACCAACCGGUGGAUUAUCUAGAUACGGAUUCCAAGGUUAA